CAUCCCCCCGCCUACCUACUGUGUAGGACGGUCCUCCACCCCCAACAGCAACCCGAUACCAGAGACGAGCGGUCCAGACAAGCCUGCAAACGAGGCGUUCCCAGCCGCCCUGUCUGUCUGUCUGCCUGCCCAGCGGAGAUCCAAAGCGUCAAUGCCAAACGCCGCCGACUGCCUCGGGGAAGAUCAAACCAAGAGAUAUCCAAUUCCUCACCCCAUCGUCUGUCAGAAUGGGUGUAAAAAUCUCCGCCCGCCGCAAAACAGAAAAAGCUCACUGUUGGCGCCGUUGACUUGUGUUUUUUUUUCUCCCGAUCCUCAGCGGAGAUGAAAUGAGACGGGACGCGGAGAACUAACUGGCUAGCUGAUAGGCUAACAUCGGUGAGCGUCUGUAGCAGACAGCUUGUGACCUAACCGAGCUAACUGGCUAACGAUUUUUUGCCGAAUUCCCCACUGGUGUCGAAAGGGUGGACUCUUUUUAAAAAUAUAUAUAUGUAUUUAAGCGUCUGGCUUACAAUGGUCUGCGUUUACACCAACUAGUUGUGCGACGGCUAUUUUUUGCACUAUUUAUCUUCUUUGGCCAAGUUUUUUAGCACCAGACAGUCUCCCCCCCCCCCCCCCGAGGCAGCUAGCAUGCGAGCUAGCAGACAUGGACGUCGUCGGCUGGCUAGUUGUAGACGGCAGAUCCGGCAAAGGCGUUAGCUGCUUGGGGCAUCUGUCCGGUCCGUGCGGGGGUCGAUAACGGGACCAACUUUUACCGGCGGUAAAUGGGACUUAUCAAUACACGUACGCCAAAUACAACCACGCUCCGUUUUUUUGUUUUGUUUUCCACAUAUGUAUUAAAUGUUUCCCGUGGCUGAGAACUCUGUUCAAGUUAUUGAGCUGACGUGAAGAGGGAAAAAAGGGUUGAAAAAAAGACAGUGGCGCCCGCGAAACAAGAGGACCAGAAGGAAGUAGAAGAAGACUCGAACUAGGAGACCAACGUCUGGCCGUGCGCUGUCAUGGCCGUGGGCCAAAUCACGAUGAAAUCACUCGCUAAAUGUGGGUUCUGCCUGACGAUUCUCCUGACUUCUGUUGCCGCGGCGCAGGGCGAGGAGAGGGAGUGCGCCUUCACCGACCAGCACCAGCAGUGGGAGGUGGACCGAGUUGCGGGGGGCGAAGGUCGCGUCUCCCCGGAGAACACCACCAUCUACUGCGCCAAGGGCAGCCACUGCUUCGGCCUGUGGGAGAAGAGUCUUCCGGGCGAGGUGCGACUGGUCAAACAAGGCUGCUGGCCCCACCUGGGCGACCACCAUGGUUGCCGCGAAGACCGCUGCGUGGUGACCAACCUCCCGCCGCAGAUCCAGAAUGGGACGUACCACUUCUGCUGCUGCGGCAGCGACAUGUGCAACGUCAACUUCACAGAGGACUUCCCCCUGCCCAGCCCCACGACGGCACAGACACCUUACCCGCGCCCACUGCGCCAGGAGGAGACAAUAAUCAUCGCCCUGGUAACCCUCUCCGUACUGGCUGUGGUUGCCGUGGCAGCCUUCUUCGGUUACCGCAUGAUGCGCGGAGAUGGUAAGCAAGGCCUUCACAGCCUGAAUAUGAUGGAGGCCGCAGGCUCCGAGAGCUCUCUGGAUCUGGACAAUCUGAAGCUACUGGAGCUGAUUGGGCGCGGCAGAUACGGCGCCGUCUACGGCGGGUCUCUGGACGAGCGGCCCGUGGCGGUGAAGGUGUUCACGGCGGCCAACCGGCAGAACUUCCUCAACGAGUGCUCCAUUUACCGGCUGCCACUGCUGGAACACGACAACAUCGCCCGCUUUGUCGCCGCGGACGAGCGGACGGGCCCGGAGGGACGCACGGAGUACCUGCUGGUCAUGGAAUACUACCCGCAUGGCUCUCUGAGUCGCUACCUGGGAGUCCAGACCAAUGACUGGGUCAACAGCUGCCGUCUCGCUCAUUCCGUCACCCGCGGCCUGGCGUACCUGCACACAGAGCUCUUCAAAGGAGACCUGUACAAGCCGGCGGUGUCGCACAGGGACCUGAACAGCCGCAACGUCCUGGUCAAGGCGGACGGUGGGUGCGUCAUCAUCGACUUUGGCCUGUCCAUGAAGCUGACAGGGAACCGGCCGGCGCGCCACGGCGAGGAGGAGAGCACGGCCAUCAGCGAGGUGGGGACAAUCCGCUACAUGGCCCCAGAGGUCCUGGAAGGGGCGGUGAACCUGAGGGACUGCGAGUCGGCGCUGAAGCAGGUGGACAUGUACGCCCUGGGCCUGAUCUACUGGGAGACCUUCAUGAGGUGCACUGACCUCUUCCCUGGAGAGUCUGUGCCAGAGUACCAGAUGGCCUUCCAGGCGGAGGCAGGGAACCACCCAACGUUUGAGGACAUGCAGGUCCUGGUUUCUAGGGAGAAGCAGCGGCCCAAAUUCCCUGAGGCCUGGAAAGAGAACAGUUUGGCGGUCCGCUCUCUGAAAGAGACCAUGGAGGACUGCUGGGACCAGGACGCUGAGGCCCGCCUCACGGCCCAGUGUGCCGAGGAGCGCCUGGCCGAGCUGCUCGUCAUAUGGGACCGCUCCAAGUCGGUCAGCCCCACGCUGAACCCCAUGUCCACCACGCUGCACAACGAGAGAAACCGCAUGACGCCGCGGUCGGGCCCGUACGCGGACCAGACGUCCACCUACAUCGAGGAGAACGAGGGCGUCGCCAAGAACACGCAGGCCGACGGCGCCGGCUCGGCUGGCGGCCGCGCUGGGACCGGAGAGAGGAACCGGAACUCCAUCAACCAGGAGCGCCAGCAGCACGCCCACACCCGCCUACCCAGCCCAGAGGGCAGCAGCACAAGCGCCGGCCUCAGGGGAAGCCCCUCAACCUCCACCACGACCACCACCAUCGUCUCCGACUCAGAGGGCCCCGCGGGGACUGCCCCCGGGCCCGUCUGCCUCCACCUGACCCAGGAGGACCUGGAGACUACCAAGCUGGACCCGAAGGAGGUCGACAAGAAUCUGAAGGAGAGCUCCGACGAGAACCUGAUGGAGCACUCGCAGAAGCAGUUCUGCUUCCCAGACCCGCUGAGCCCCGGCAGCUCCAGCCUCCUCUACCCGCUCAUCAAGAUGGCGAGCGAGGCUGCGGGCGCCUCGGAGGCCGCCGCCGACCCCAUGCCCGCUGCUAUCUUCCCGCUGCCCAAGCAGCAGAACUUGCCCAAGAGGCCGUCCAGCCUGCCGCUGCGCACCAAGCCCGCCAAGAAAGAGUCGUCGUCGUCCUCGCUGAGGUUCAAGUUUGGCCGCUCUGGGAAGUCCAACCUGCGGCAGGUGGAGGGGACAAAGAUGAACAUUGCCGCAGUGGCGGGCGCCAACGCGGAGCUGGAGGCUCACCGGGGCGGCGGCACCAACAACACGGCCGCCCUCCGCAACGCGCACGUCAACAGCGGCAACGCUCAGGGGCACGCCGGGGCCCCGGGCAUGGUUGCGGGCGAGGCGACGGGUUUCGGGGGAUCGAGCAUGAUCCAGAACGGGUCGGGAGCGCUGCGGUCCGACGACGGCCGCCUGAGCCUCGGCGUCAUCACGGCGAGCCCCGACGAGCACGAGCCGCUCCUGAGCCGCGAGCGGGAACGGCCCGACCCGAGGGAAGCGGCCGCGGCGAGCGCCGCGGCCCUCCGCUCGGCCCGCACCAACACAAACAACAACAACAGCAACACCGGCCGCGGUGGGGGGGGCGGGGAGAGCGGAGGAGAGAGCGACGCGGGAGAGGAGGAAGGGGGAGAGGUGGGGAGCAGGGAGACAGCGGGGGAGAGUUCUGGGUCGGGGUCCGGCCUCGCCGCCACCCCCCAGCGUGAAGCUGCAGUCGCCAUGAGGGGGGAGGCACUGCUCCGGCAGCCCAGAGCCCGCCGGCCCGAGAGACCCAACUCGCUGGACCUGUCCUUCACCACGCAGGACUUGAGCUCACUAGGGGAGGGCUUGGUCCAGCCGGACGGCGCCUUCGGGCCGGGCGGCGACAAGAUCAAGAAGCGCGUCAAAACGCCAUACUCCCUGAAGAAGUGGCGGCCCACCACGUGGGUCAUCUCCACGGAGGCCAGGGGGCCCGAGGUCAACAACAACGGGUCAUCCCGCGCUCCGGCCCCUCACGGCCAGAGCCGGCCCAAGUCCAGUUCGGCCAUCUACCUGCGGGGGGGCGGCAUGGCCGGCGGGCCGGGCGACACGCAUGUGUGAGAGAGAAAGAAAAAAAAAAAACGCAGACUCUCUGACAAAGACUUGAGGAGGGCAAUAAAGAAAAAAGUAGUAACAAUCAGAGUCUGCUGAGCUCCCUGCCUCUCGGCUCAGCAACAGGAAGCUCCCGGAGCGAGUCGUCAAACAGUCAGAGUGCGAUUGUGUACAGUCCUUUGGUCCGUCUCACUGCUGUGUGUCUUUCUGAUGAUGGCAUUGCUUUAAAUGGAAUCUAGCUAUGCAGCGUUCUCAUCCGCUUCUGUUUUACAACAUGUUUGAUUAAUCUCCCUUUUGUUUGUUUUAGCUGUUGCUGUGGAUGUUUUUUAAUUAUUAUUUUUUUACCAUGUUUCGUCCUUAUGAGUGUAUAGCAAUGUUUUUGAUUUAUUUUCCUUUCCCAUGUGCACUUUGAGCCGACUAAAAUCAGUGUUUAGAAAAGCCCCGUCUGUUGUGACCACAACAAGAAUUGGUCUCUAAACUUAAAAAGAAGAAGAAGAAGAA